CGUUUGUUUGUAAAUGCACUAUACCUCGCGCAACAGUAGGCCAUGGAAGGCUGCUUUUCGCGUCUGUAAGUUCCGUGAUUCGCGGCUACUGCGAUGUUUGUGAUCUGUAAAAACGUGUGACCUUGGCAGAAAGUGAUAGAAAUUUGUUAUGUUAGGAUACUAUGGAUUUGGAUGAGGACCUCUUCUUCAAAGCGUCCUGAGAUAUGCCCUCUCUAUGUAGGAUGAACAAAUAUAUCAAACAAAGUUUAAUAUGGCUCUACAUCAUCUCAACUGGUUUAUUUGUGGCAUCACUUGAACCCGGGUAUUUGGACUUCGACAACCUACCAGACACAAAUUUUUCUUGUGUGGGUAAGGUGAUAGGAGGUUACUAUGCCGAUUUAGAAACCAACUGUCAAAUGUUCCAUGUCUGCACAAUUGGCCAACUCGAUGAACCUAUGGACAUACGAUUUUUGUGUCUCAAUGGAACAGUUUUUGAUCAAGAAACCCGAGUUUGUGAAAGAAUCGAUGAAGUCGAUUGUUCGAAAUCGGAAAAAUUCUACAGUCUCAAUUUGGAGCUCUAUGGAAACACGGCCCCUCCCAUAUUGGAAGAGAACUCCGAGACAGAGUCACCAAUAAUCGAAAAAUCAGCUUCUCCCUCCACAACAACGACCACAACCACAACAACCACGACAACAACACCGCGGCCGACCACAACGACACCCACUCCUGUUCACUACUUCUCCAGCUCAGUACGACCUCUUACGCCAUCACCAUAUCAUAAAGGACCAUCCACUCAUCACUUUUCACUGGAGCAGUCACCUAGCUUUACUCCAGAAGAGAUUAAUAUUAGCUUGAACCCAGGUGCUCCCCCUAAUAUAAGGACAAAACCUUUCGAGUUUCCUCAACAUAAUCCUUUCAGUGGUAAUAAUAACCAGAAAACGGUAACUACCCCUAGUUCAGUGUUCAAGAGUGACGAAAACGAUGAUGAUGACGAACAUUCUAUUGAAGAAAAUCAUCGGUUCUCUUCUUCGACUACUGAAAGUGAUAAAAAUAACUACAACCCCAAUUUGCAACACUCCCAGGCUUCUCAGAAUAACUUCAAAUAUAAUUUUAAUUACCAUGAUACGAGACCUCGAGACUUUAAUCCAUCUCGCUCGUCCAACUACCAAUACCAUCACAAUUAUGCCAAUUUCAGGCCUCCAGUCCUGUCAAGCAAUCACAAUAACCCGUAUAGAUCGAGUACGCAGAAAAACGAAUAUUUACCAGUGACAAGGAAAAACUUCGUGGACCAUAAUCCAUCAUCGACUUCCAGAAGCUUCUUCUUGCAGCCAAUUAAGUCACCAUCUCAUCAGUACUUCACGAGGGCUGAAAAACCGCAAGAGGAGCAGUUACCGGCACCAGUCCUGCCAACUUUAUCACCAAUAGUGUUCAGCUCCCCUGCUCCUUUUUCUCUUAGUAGACAUAUAGAAACGAAGAGGUAUACCGAUGAACAUGAGCUACCCCCGAGAAUCAUCAUAAGUGCUAGUGCUAGUGUUAGUGAUGCUAGUGGAAGAACUUUGAACUAUUCGCUCGGAACCAUUGGAGCAGCUCAGAUUCUAGCUAAACCACCUGCUUCCUACGAUGAUUACAAGGAAUCAGAUGUUGUAUUAGAUCCAUUUUACCAUGACGUGCCAAAAAUACAGAACAACGGAAAAAGAAUAAAACGAGAAACUUCGGGAAACGAGGUAGGCUAUGGACAGUCUAAUCUGAGUGCUGGGAAGACAGCUAGCAGUAAAUUAAAGAGGUCCAAAAGAUCACCACAGAAUAUUGAUCCAUCUCAAAUUAUAAAGAGCGAAGAAGAAGCUGUUGAAGUAUUGAAGUUUUUGUUCGACUGGUAUAAGAGUCAAGAAAAAAAGACUAAAUCGCCUUUAAGUAUACCUGUGAGUCCAGAACUGAUAUCUAAUAUAAACGAGCAAUUAUCACACACAACUUAUGUGCCUGAAGACUUUGAAGAUGAACAAACGCAACCUUUGAAAGAGAGUGUGAUUUCUGAAGAUUUUCAACAGGAAGAAUACACUCCCAACCAUUCGAGAAGAAGAAAUCCAUUUAGUAAUGUCUUGCAACAGCAAGUUAUAAGAGGACCAUCUAGCAGCAUCAAGAGUAGUAACGGAAAAGUUCCGUUUGAUAUAAAAGAAGAUAGAUCAUAUAUAGAUCAGGAAGGGGGUCAAAUAUACAAAGAACGGGCGAGAACUUAUAUAAAUAACUAUCGUAAUACCCCGACUCUCCCUCAACAAAAAUUAGUAAAUACUAAUGAUUUCAAAAACACAAGAAGGGAUAGACCAAACAGAGGACGUCAUAGAUUCACUUUACUAAAUACCACACCUAGUAUAAACGUUGAAGAAGUCAUUGAAUAUAAGAACCAAUACGAUGAUAGAAGGUCAAGAGUUCAAAAUCCUUCACAGCGAAAUGAUGAAGGAUUUCAUGAGCAACAAACAGAAAAAAUUGACGAAAUAAAUUCUAACAGAAAUAUACACAGUGGUACACAAGCACCUCAUAUCGAUCUCAGUAAUUCCAAUGAAUUUGGUGGAUAUACUGGUAAUACUUUUUGGUUCACCACUUCUCAGAAACCUUUCUCGCAAAGAUUUGAUGAGAAUUAUCAACAACCUGGUGAAAUAGAAACUGGGACAUCCAUAUUAAAAGAUGGAACAACAAUUGAGCUUACAACCCAAGAUUAUUCUGGAGCAACUAAGGUUACAUCAUUCACAAAUGAACCCUUUACCGAUAAUGAGGCAGAUUCCACAAGGGAAAACGGAAAUUAUGAUAGCACAGAAAGAUCUACAACCGAAUUAUCAGAUUACACAUAUUAUGACAAUGACAUAUCGAAGAAAGACGAAUCAUUAAAAACUACUCAACUUCGUGAAGAAUCAACUAAACCCUAUGGUGAUAUUGAUACUUAUGAUUACACAGAUGAUAAUUAUGAACCUUCAACUUACAAUCAAAAUUCAAAAGAAAGAGAUCAAUCAGAAAACAAUAAGAAUGACGGAAUUAGAGGAAUAAUACAUGAGGAAACUAAUAUUGAUAUAGAUUUCACUGAAACUCCUGAAGAAAAUAAAAAUGAUAGCAAAAACCGAAAUUCCUAUGUAGAAGAACAAACAAUACAUAAUGAUCAGCAUAAUGAGAGUGUGUCUCAGCAUAAUUCUUUAAACCAAUCUACAUUGCUAGAGGAGAACGUAAAACUUAGUGAAAAUGACAAUUCCAUGUUGAUAGACUCAAAUUUAACAACCUUCGGUGAUAUUGUCAACAGUUUGAGCAAUUUCCAGAAACAAGAACAAGAAAUUUACAACUAUCGAAACAAUCAUACUGAUAUUGAGAAAUUUCAAAAUGAAAAUUCCACGACUCGACAAGAAGAUUUAACAAUCACAAUGAACCCAUUUUUUACUUCAGAAUCUACUACUUCUACUGAGUCUCCCUACACUCAAUUUGUCAAUCCAGUUAGAGGAAAAUCACAAGAGACGAAAGAAAAGUUAACUAAUACGGUAGAAGAAAAUUAUCAAGACAAUAAUUAUUUCAAUGAAAGUGAAGAAGAUUCUGCCAGUUCUACAAUUCAUGACACAGUAGCAACUGAAAGUUAUACUAGCUUUGAACCACAACUCUUCACUUCUAAGCCUUUCAAUUUGGAAACUAUUGAUUACCACUUCCGAAAUACACAUGAAACAACAAAGCAUGAAUCAACAGAUACUAAGUUCACAGAAACUACACCAUUUCCAACAACCUAUCAAAUUUCUGAAUCAACUGAACACUCGGUAGACUCAACAGAUGAAAGACUCCAAGAAAUAGCUUCAACAAUGCAAAACCGGAAUCUUCAAGAAAGUUCAACUGAGUCUUCAUAUAUUAGUUCUAAAAUAGACAGCAAGCAGGACACCAAAGAGUCUUCUUCCGAAUCAGCAAAAGAAAUAACCGAAAUUGAGGAGAAUACAACAAUUUCAAUGUCUUCAGUAGAGAAUAAUCAAACAGAACCAACAUUCGAAUCUUCCACUAUAAAACAUAAAUAUAGAGGUAGAUAUCGAGGUCAAAAAAGGCCUUCCGAUUAUAGUAGAAGAAGAAUGGAGAAUAUACCUAUAACAAGUUUUUCCAGGGAAGCAGCUGGAAGAAAAAGAAACUCUCGAAGAAGACAACCUAAUAAACCUUUCUAUAACCAAGAAUCGCAGAAAGAAAUCCUAUCGACCACUUCAACACUUUCUUCCUUAUCAUCAUCUGAUGACAAUUCAGAAAUAUCAACAAUAGGGGUUACACAAAAUAUUAAGAAACCCAAUAAUAAUGAUGUGAGUGAAAAGUCUUCAUUUGAGAGUCUACCAUCCACACAUUCAUUUAAUCCAACUCUAAAUGGUUUUUACAUUACUAAAAACCAUCAAGAAAAAAAAUAUGCCGAACAAUAUACUCAUUCCCUGAGUACCACUGAUAAAGAAUUCAAUGUUGUUACUCAUACUACAGAGCAGUACUCCACUCCGGAAACUACUGAUGACGUUUCAGAAACUUUUACAACAGGUUUAACAGAACCAAUCAAUACAUUUUCUGAAGUCCAAGAAACUACAACUUCUAGCUCAAUGAGUACGAAUUUUGACUCAAUGCUAGAAAUGUCUACACAGACAACAUAUUCUGUUGAAACUAAUACAACAACAGAUUCAUCUUCGAACUCUACAACAAACUUUACUGAAUAUUAUGAGGAUACUUCCAUAGAUUCAACAAAAAAACUAAUGGCACAAGUUGAAGAUGAAUCUUCGAAAAUACCAGUAAUAUAUACAGAUAUGAAUUCGAUCGCUACAGUUUAUCCAACAAAACCUACAUUAUCAUUCAGCACUUUAAAAAUAACAGAAAUUGAAUCAUCAACUAACAGCAUGGCAGUCCCUCAGACAAAAACGUAUUUCACUCGUAAUAAUGAACCUAAUCUGGUAAAUGCAGAAGAUGUUGGAGAAAAUAUCAAUAAUGCUUCAACAGAAGAAACAAGUGUAACCACAAAUAAUUCUUUCAAUAGUAAAGAAUUAACAACUGAAUAUCAAAAUGAAAAGAAUGAAUCCAUGGAUGAAGAAAAUAUUACCUAUACAACUCAGAUAAAUGAUGUUGAGCAAACAUGGACUACGGUUCCCAACCCAGAAGAACAAACAACAGAAGCUUAUCAAAGCACAAAAAUUGAUAUUAUAACUCUAGUAAAUUCAGCUGAGGAUACUACAACAAUAAGUACAGAAAAUUCUGAAAGCAAAGAAAUAAUAUCUUCACAAAAUGCAUUUGGUAAUGAGAUCGACAAUGAACAGAAUAAGAUGAAACCCCCAAUGAAUAGAGAUGGGCGGAAAUUUAAAGACCGAAGAUUUCAACACAAAUCAAGUAAACCAAAAGUUGCUUCUAGUCGGUUUUCCUCCAGACAUAGAUUCAGUUCAACGAAUGUAACACCCAGAACUCCUGUAUCUGUAAGACCAAGUAAUUUCUACAAACACAGAUUUAGUAGUACACCAGAUGUAACUCAAAGGACUACUUCUACAAGUGUAAAAGUUGAAGAAUCAGUUAAAAUGGAAUAUAAUCAAAAUAUUUCAGACAAAGUAGAAGAGGCUCUGACAGAAAUUGCCCUCUCUAAAAAUGUCAAACCAACAAUAGAAAGCACAAAGAAAAAGAAUAUCAGUACAACUCCUAUGUUAUACAAAGUAGAACUGAGAAAAGAAAGAGUUAACAAACAUUUUGUUUUUAAUUGUUUCGGUAAACCUUUAAAUCAAUUUUAUUCAGAUCCAAGAGAUUGUCGAUUGUUCCAUUAUUGUACAAAUGGCUAUUCGAAGAAUCAGUUACUAGACAUGAAAUUUGUAUGUGAUUUAGGUACUCAUUUUGACGAUGAGAAAUUAGUUUGUACCAGAGAAACACCUAAGAGGUGUUUAUAAAUUUCUGUGUAUAAUAAAUUCAAGAAAAAAUGUUGUAGCAGUUCUUUAAUGAACAAUUAAGUUUUAUACAUUGUAUAAAAUAUUCUGAUAAAGGACAAUAUUCUGGCUCAGUUAUUUUAAUUGAGCCAAGAAAUAAUACAGCUGCUGACAGUGACAUAAUUCCUAGUAGACUAAAUUUAUUGUAAUAUAUUCUGUAAUUAUCAAAAUGUAAAUUGUUUGAGAAUACUCAUAGCCUAAUAAAUUAUAAAUAAUGAUUUAUUUUAAUAAAUAUUUUAAUGUUGAUUUUA